AUGCACAUCUUCUCCCAGUCUUUCAAGUAUGAUCACUCAUGGUCUCACGUCGUCAUCGGAAUGUGGCACAAAUACCCGAAUCCACAUUGUACUCACGUCGUCAACGUCGAUGUCCUCGAUCGUACGAUUGAUCCAAUGACUGGAAUAAUACGAACGGAGCGUGUUCUUGGGUGCAAGCAGAAGGCGCCCUCAUGGAUAGUCAAGCUUUUUGGAGGUUCAGAGGAUGCCUUUGUUCGCGAAAUAUCCUUCAUAGAUCCCGCAACGCAAACCGCAACAAUAACAUCCGUCAACCUCUCGCUGUCCCAAUUCGCUACUUGCUAUGAGCGAAUACAGUAUAGACCGAUAUCCUCCACCCAGACAUCAUUCGUGCAGACAGCAGAGAUACAGACGCGGAUGGCCAUGUGGAGGAGUAUGACAGACAAGUUCGAGGGUUGGUUAGUUCAGCGCUUCGAGCAGAACGCUAUUUCAGGUAAAGCUGGAUUCUCGGACGUGCUCAGAACAAUGUGGGAGGCCAAGGAACAGCAGACUGCACCAUCAUAG